UUAAUCAAGCUUUAGAACUGUGACUGAAAAAUGGAGAUAACAACCGUUGCAUUUGGUAUACCCUUUCGCCAUUCAACCAUUUAUGCUUCUUCUGCGUCAACAACUGAACCAUCUUCUCAAACACAGUUUCCCCCCAAAUCAAUCAAAUUCGCAAAAUCCAAAUCCUUUUCCGCAAGAAAAUCACCCAAACUCCAAAUUCAACAUGCUUCCGAUUUGCCUUCAACACUUACAAGGGUUGGUGAAAUGUUGACGGUGAAAGAACUUAAUGCAACUUUGAACCAUUUCGGUAAUUCAAACAAAUUUAACAAUAUCUCUCAGCUUUUUUUAUGGAUGCAAGAGAACAAGAAGAUUGAUGCAUAUUCUUAUUCCCAUUAUAUAAAAUUCAUGGCCAAUAAACUUGAUGCUUCCGCGAUACUAAAGCUGUAUAACAACAUUGAAGAUGCAUCGGCCAAAGACAAUGUCUAUAUAUGUAAUUCUGUUCUCCGUUGUCUACUCCGAAACGGCAAGUUUGAUACCACUAUUAAACUCUUUCGCCAGAUGAAAGAAGAUGGUCUAGUUCCAGAUCUCGUUACCUAUAGCACUCUUAUUGCAGGCUGCGUUAAAGUAAAAGAUGGAUAUCCUAAGACACUAGAGCUAAUUCAGGAAUUGCAGGACAAUAAUCUGCGAAUGGAUGAUGUAAUUUAUGGGGCAGUUCUGGCAGUGUGUGCUUCCAAUGGUAAAUGGGAAGAAGCAGAAUGGUAUUUUAACCAGAUGAAGAGUGAAGGUCGUACUCCAAAUGUUUACCACUAUAGCUCUUUGCUCAAUGCCUAUUCGGCAUGUGGAAACUUCCAAAAAGCUGAUGUGCUGAUUCAAGAUAUGAAAUCAGAAGGGUUAGUACCAAACAAGGUCAUUUUGACAACCUUGCUGAAGGUAUAUGUUAGAGGAGGAUUGUUUGAGAAGUCAAGAGAACUAGUAGCCGAACUGGAAUCUUUGGGCUAUGCUGAAGAUGAGAUGCCGUACUGUGUUUUGAUGGAUGGCCUAGCUAAGACAGGACAAAUACAUGAAGCCAAAGUAAUUUUUGAUGAAAUGAUGAAAAAACAAGUCAGGUCUGAUGGCUAUGCUCACAGUAUCAUGAUAUCGGCAUUUUGCCGAGCCAAGCUUUUUCAAGAGGCAAAGCAGUUGGCCAAGGAUUUUCAAACUACCGGUAAAAAAUAUGAUGUGGUUAUAAUGAAUUCAAUGCUCUGUGCUUUCUGCAGAGCAGGUGAAAUGGAAAGUGUGAUGGAAACUCUCAGAAAGAUGGAUGAAUUGGCAAUCAGUCCUGAUUACAAUACCUUCAAUAUUCUAAUCAAAUACUUCUGUAGUAAAAACAUGUAUCUAUUAGCUUUUCGAACCGUGGAAGACAUGCAUAGUAAAGGCUAUCAACCAAUGGAGGAGCUCUGUACGUCUUUAAUAUUUCACCUUGGUCAAGCAAAAGCUUAUCCAGAGGCGUUUUCUCUUUACAAUAUUCUGAAAUAUAGCAAGAGAUCAAUAUGCAAGGCUCUCCAUGAGAAGAUUCUACACAUUCUUCUAGCAGGAAAGCUUUUGAAAGAUGCAUAUGUAGUAUUCAAGGAUAAUGCAACAUUUAUUUCUGGCCCUACCACCAAAAAAUUUGCAUAUGCAUUUAUGAAGUCAGGUAACAUCAAUUUGAUCAAUGAUGUUAUGAAGGCACUCCAUAGUUGUGGCUACAAGAUUGAUCCGGAUUUAUUUGAGAUAGCUGUAUCACGAUAUUUAGGUCAGCCCGAGAAGAAAGACUUGCUUCUGCACUUACUACAAUGGAUGCCGGGUCAAGGUUACGUGGUUGAUCCAUCAACAAGGAACCUAAUCCUCAAGAACUCACACUUAUUUGGUCGACAGCUCAUUGCGGAAGUAUUGUCCAAGCAACGAGUUAAGUUAAAAGCCCAAAAAUCUCAGUAGAUAAAGUAUGUGAAAUUUUGCCAUCGAUUAUAUAAUUCUAGUCUUUGUUUGUACCGAUAAUUAAAUCCUAUUAGUUUCACAAGAUCUGUAGAACCAUGCACCAUACAUUGCCUCGUUCAUUUUUUCCCUUAGCCUGUUAAAAUUCUAAUGUUGCAAAACGCCGAUUGUACAUAAACAGAUGUAAAUGAUUUUGAACAAACAUACCUUCAGAUUAUGGUAUUAGUAUAACAUACCUAAUGCAUAAUGUUUUUGCAAUA